AUGGCGGCAUGAGAGGGUGUAACAUUACUAGCUGAGGAACAAUUUUAGGGUUUUCUCACAAAGUUUAUAGUUUAAGGCUGCAGUUGCAAUUUGUUUGUUUCACAAAAAAUGAUAAUUAACCAUACAAUUAAUAAUUUUCUAAUUAAUCAAACCAUUGACAUAUAUUUUUUACGAUUUCCAACGAACAAGCUAGCUAUCGAAAAGUUUCAGCGUGUGUAGUUAAGUUAGCCUGCUAACUUCUUCAUAGAUAGUAGCAUGUAAUCAGGACAUGACCAAACUGUUGCUGAGAUGAUGGAUGUUGAAACUUCCAAGGAGAAAAGAGGCAUUGUUGAAACUCAAUCAUAUGCUUGCAGUGUAAAAAAGGGGGGUGAAUGCGAUUAAUUCCCGAAUACCCCAACCAAGGAGCAACUUCCAAAGAAGCUGAGAAGUGAACCAUCAAUGAGCCAGCUACAGGACAACAUCGUCCGCAUCCUCACGGCUAAAAUCAAAGAGAGCGCAGAUGUCAUGAGCGCAGAUGUCAUGAAUGUCAUCUGCGCACAGGGAGUGGAUCGUCCAAAAGGCUAGUGUCCCUGCGCACAGGGAGGAGAUCCUCCUCACAGCCAGUGUCCCUGUGAAGAUGGAAACAAUCAUCCACAACCACGUCCCAUCAUCCCCAUGGUGGCACCACUGUGGAAAUGAGAUGGUGGAGCAUGCACUCCACCUGUUGAUUUCUAUUCCAAGAGAAGAGAUUGUCUGGGAUCCAACUCUGCACAGAUGGGUUAACAAAACUGAGCCCAAGGCUGAGAACAAGUGUGUACCACCACCUCCACCGAUGGGGACAUAUGGAUAUCAGGGGAACACUGGCAGUGUCCCCAAAGGAGUGAAUCCUUACUCUAUGAAAGCAGCAGGUCUAUGGGGCAGCAGAUACCCUACAAUGCAUUACAAUGAUGGGACCAACUCAAAGCCUCCAAGCCAUGGGCCUGGACUGCUUCCUAGACAGCUCUCUGGCUUGCUCCCUCCUUCACACUUUGACCUCAUGGCACCAAUGGUUGUGCCACCUGACACUCUACCCUACUGAGGCCAUUUGCCCAGAGUGGAUUUGCCAUACAUUGAUUUUUUCAGCAUUAAAAAAGUUCCGCAUUAAAAGAUUAUCUUUUAAUUAAA